AUGACGUUCUUUGGACUGGACUGUUUUACCAAGAAAGAAAGAGAGCUGGAGAGGAGACUGAGAGCCAACGACAGAGAAUACAACCUGUCCUUCAAGUAUGCGACAAACGCCAUAAAAACUUGCAAAUACAACUUUUUCACAUUUCUACCUCUGAACCUCUUCGAGCAGUUCCAGCGCAUCGCCAACGUGUACUUCCUCAUUCUCCUCGGGCUGCAGUUGAUUCCAGCCAUCUCGUCUCUGUCCUGGUUCACCACCGUCGUGCCUCUCUUUCUGGUGCUGACGUUCACCGCUGGUAAAGACGCUAUCGACGACAUUAAUCGCCACAGGAGCGACAACCAAGUCAACAACCGCAAAGUGCAGGUGCUUAUCGACAGAAAACUACAAAGUGAAAAAUGGAUGAAUGUUCAGGUUGGAGACAUCAUCAAGUUAGAAAACAACCAAUUUGUCACAGCUGACCUUCUCCUACUCUCCAGCAGCGAACCUCUAAACUUAGUCUACAUUGAAACUGCUGAACUGGACGGAGAAACCAACCUAAAGGUGAAGCAGGCCCUCCCAGUGACCGGAGACCUUGGAGAUAACAUGGAGAAACUGGCAGACUUUAACGGCGAGGUGCGGUGUGAGCCCCCAAACAACCGUCUGGACCGUUUCACUGGAACUCUGACUUUUGCUGGUCAGAAAUAUUCCCUCAACAACGAGAAGAUUCUGCUGCGCGGCUGCACCUUGAGGAACACGGGCUGGUGCUACGGCCUGGUGCUGUUUGGAGGUCCAGAGACAAAGCUGAUGCAGAACUGUGGCAAAAGUACUUUUAAGAGAACCAGCAUCGACCGCCUCAUGAACGUAUUAGUUCUAUGUAUUUUUGGCUUCCUCGCCGUCAUGUGCACGGUGCUGGCCAUUGGAAACUUUGUGUGGGAGCUGAAGGACGGAUCGCAGUUCACGGUUUUUCUGCCGAGACAAGAAGGCACCGGCGCCUCCCUGUCCGCCUUCCUCGCCUUCUGGUCCUACAUCAUCAUCCUCAACACCGUGGUGCCGAUCUCUCUUUAUGUCAGGGGAGGGGAGAUCGGUGAUAAAGACAGGUGCCCCAUUCACUUCUGCGGCCUCGGCAUCAGCCACAGGUGUCCGACACUCGAUACGUUUGCGGUCACAAGACAAACUGUGACUGUUCAGGUUGAGUGGGAGAGGAGUGUUUGUGGGGGUUCUCCGUAUGAUGGACAGAUAGCAGAACGAGGAGUGAAGAUGACGUUCUUUGGACUGGACUGUUUUACCAAGAAAGAAAGAGAGCUGGAGAGGAGACUGAGAGCCAACGACAGAGAAUACAACCUGUCCUUCAAGUAUGCGACAAACGCCAUAAAAACUUGCAAAUACAACUUUUUCACAUUUCUACCUCUGAACCUCUUCGAGCAGUUCCAGCGCAUCGCCAACGUGUACUUCCUCAUUCUCCUCGGGCUGCAGAGAAGCAGUUUGUUUAACCACGCAGGAAACAAACGAGUCGAGUGUCGCGUGAUUAAGGAAGUGUUCUGA